AUGGUGGCGACGGAGAGGGCGGACUUCGCCGUGAGCGACAUCGGCAUCUCGACGCCCCGCGAGGAGGCCGUCGACUUCACGGAGCCCUUCAUCUACGACGCCUCGGAGCUGUUCACGCCCCUGGCCAAGCCCCUCCCGCGCUGGCUCGGCCCCAUCAGACCCUUCACAGCGGGAGUGUGGUUGGCUGUGGCAGCGGCGGUGGUCACUGCUGGGCCCUUCUUGACCUUAGUGGCCAGGCUGUGCGCGGGGUCAUCCAGCCAGAAGGUCAGGUGGUUUCAGAACAUCGAAAACGCGGUCAUGUUCACGUCUCAGCCGGUUUUCCAGCGAGGCAACCACAGAGACAUCCUGGAAGCCCCCGGACGCGUCUUCGUGGGCUUCUGGCUCCUCUUCUCCAUGAUCCUCGGCAUCACCUACUCCUCCUCCCUCAUCUCCUUCUUGGUCUCGCCGGGGCUCCAGGAACCCAUCCAAAACCUGGAGGAGCUGGUCACUUCGGAUAUCGACUGGGCGAGGGUCUACUACGGCGGGAUCCAGAGCACCAUCCUCGAGCAGGCGACCGACCCCGUUAUGGUGGCUCUGCGGGAGGGCGUCGACUGGCGCGAUUCGCUCGAGAACAUCCUGAAAGACGUGGCGAAGGGAACGACCGCCACGUGGGACAACAGCAUCACCACGAGGCUCCUGAUCGCCGUCAAGUUCACCGACAGGCGAGGGCGGCCGAAGAUACACAUGCCCGGGUUCAACGUGCACGUGGACCGGAUCGCGUGGCCGAUGCUGGAGCACGCGCCCUUCAAGCGGAGAUUCGAUCAACUAAUCGACCGGGUGGUGCAAGCGGGCCUGGUCGAGAAGUGGCUUCAGUCCUUACUCUUCGAGGAGCAGCGUUUGGUGCGGCAGCGUAGUGGAGGCGACGCGUCUGAGGAACAGCCUGAAGGAGGGGCGGACGCAGGCGCUGAGGGGGGGCCCGUGAUCCUCAGUCUGGAGCAUUUCCAGGGGCCCUUCUUCGUGUACAUCCUCGGCAACUUGGCUGGCGGGCUCGUCCUCGUCUUUGAGAUAGUUGUGAGGAAGAUCUUCGGGAGAGAAAAGUAG